UUUGACAAAGCAAAGAGAAGCGACGCGGUUGAAUUGAGCAACCAUAACAACAGACAAUAAUAGCACCCGAACCUAAAAACGACCAAGUUGCCUUGGCUGACUUGGUACCUUACAAAUACAACAGUAACAAUUCAUUGCUAAUUAUUAUCCUUCCCAGAUCGGAUCUGAAUUUCUUAUACAUCCAUCCGCCUCUCUCUCUGUCUCUAACAAUCUCUGCAACGAUUUCAGGGUAGGUUGGGUUGUGUCCAAGAAUAUAGAUGGCUUUAAGUUAGGAUAAGAAAGGAGAUGGUAGAGAGUGAUUUGGAUAGAGAAGACGUUGAAUACACAGGAGUCAACUACGCUCAGAGUGGAAAUCAAGGUUCAGGUCUUCGCAGAGAGCCCUCAUUCUCGCGCUGGUGUGAUGAAGAUGGGAGAGUCCAUUUGGAUCAUCAGUUAGGAAAUACAAAUGAAUGUGUAGAAGAGGACUCUGAAUUUGAGUUGCCUUUGCUUCAACAGGGGGAGCUAGGAAACGGGUUUUUGGACAGGGAGAACUACCAUAAAUUUAAGGAGAUAAUUAUGCACUUGAAUGGUAGUGAUACUAUGGGUGAUGUUUCUAUUCAUGUUGGGGGAGAUAAAAAUGAGAAGUAUGUGCCUUUCGAUAUUGAAAAUGGGUCUGCAAGGGAUACAAACAGUGUUGAUAUCUCCACGUCAGAGGGUAAUCAAGAAGCAAUGGUGCCAUAUUCCAAGGAUCCUAUUUCUGUUGCCAAUGUGUUGAAGACAUUGUUUUUCAUACUUGUAUGGUACACCUUCAGUCUAUUUUUAACCGUGUAUAACAAAAGUCUGUUAGGAGAAGAUUUGGGAAAGUUCCCAGCUCCUUUAUUGAUGAACACUUUCCAUUUUACAUUGCAAGCUGUUCUAUCAAGGGCCAUUACAUGGUUUUGGUCUCAUAGGUUCCAACCUACUGUUGUUAUGUCAUGGAGGGAUUAUUUUUUGAGAGUUGUACCAACGGCUCUUGGAACAGCAAUGGACGUUAACCUGAGCAACGCAUCCCUUGUUUUUAUAUCAGUCACAUUUGCCACAAUGUGUAAAUCUGCGUCUCCUAUAUUUCUCCUUUUAUUUGCUUUUGCUUUCAGGUUGGAGUCUCCGAGCAUCAAACUCUCUGGCAUAAUUUUAGUGAUCUCAGUUGGAAUUCUCUUAACAGUUGCGAAAGAGACAGAAUUUGAGUUUUGGGGUUUCAUUUUGGUUAUGCUUGCUGCUGUAAUGUCUGGCUUCCGCUGGUCCAUGACUCAAAUUCUUCUGCAGAAAGAAGCCUAUGGUUUGAAAAAUCCACUUACCUUGAUGAGCUCUGUGACUCCAGUGAUGGCAGUGGCAACUGCCCUCUUUUCUCUUUUAUUGGAUCCUUGGCAUGAAUUUAAAACAAGCAACUACUUCAACAGUCCAUGGCAUGUGACUCGAAGUUGCUUGCUGAUGCUUUUUGGUGGAAUACUUGCCUUUUUUAUGGUAUUGACAGAAUACAUUCUUGUCUCAGUAACUAGUGCUGUCACAGUAACAAUAGCAGGUGUUGUCAAGGAGGCUGUCACUAUAUUGGCUGCAGUCUUCUACUUCCAUGAUGAAUUUACCUGGUUGAAAGGUGCUGGUCUCUUCACAAUCAUGUUUGGUGUCAGUUUAUUCAAUUGGUACAAAUACCAAAAGCUAAAGACGGGUACAAGCGAAGAUGACAGUAUGGAAUCAUUCAAGACAAAUGUUGCCGCCAAAUAUGUGAUUCUUGAGGAGAUGGAUGAGCAAAAUGAUGGUUCUUGAAAACCUUUCGUAGUCACAUCACCUGAACUCGAACGUGUAACAAGAACCGGUUUGGCUUGUCUCUGCCUCAGCAUUUACAAAUUCCUCUGCCAUUCAAAAUCUGUAUGCUUCCUCUUUUGGUUGGAUGUUCUUGGACUUCAAUGGGAGUCAGAGUGAAGCGAACAAUUCUUCAAUGUCAACUGUCUAUAUGCAUUCAGCACAAAAGCCCUUUUGGUAUGCCAAGUUUCCUCAAGCUUCCAGUUAAUUAGGAAUCAAAUAUGUUUCUGGAUCUCAUUGUUCUUAAGAGUAGGAUGUAGAUUAAGUUCCUUUUUUUUGUUAUUAUUAUUAUUAUUUCUCUUCUUUUUGGUUCCCCCUUCUCUUCCAAUUGUCCGAGUUAGAUGGGGGUUAAUUGUCUUGGAUGUAAAUAAUAAUUACACUGUGACUGAGCUACACCUUUUUCCGGGAGAAAUAUUUUUUUCAUGAGAACAUUUAGUGUUCCGCUU